AUGAAGACUAUCAUGGAUUUCAGACAUUGUACAAGAAGGGAGUACAUGGCCAUCUUCCCCAUUCUGGCUAUGGCUGUGCUAAUAUUUGUGCUACGUAACAUGGAGAUCCUGAAGUCCCAGUUUCAGCAAAACCUGAUCACAACCAGCAUCGUUGCUCUGAAUGAUUCUACUCAGCAUGACAUGCAUCAAGGCUUCUGCACCUUCCAGCCACUGUCUCGAGAGGAUGCUGUGGAGGAAAUCCUCCUUCUAGAAACCAUUGCUUGGCCUGAACCUCCACUUUUGCCAGCUCCUCUUUCCCUGAAUCAGACCAGUGAUCCAGCUCACAGCUCCUUCACCAUUCUCCCAGGGAGGGGAGGAGGACAGUGGCAUGUAGGGGAUCAGCUGGAGGUUCUGAUCAAAAUGUCUGACUUCCAGGACCGUCCCAAGAAGUUUGGGGGGGACUUCUUACUCGCCCAGCUGCGCAAUCAGGAGCUUGGUGCAGGUGUGGCUGGGCAGGUGGUGGAUCAUCUCAAUGGCAGCUACUCUGCUGUUUUCUCUUUACUCUGGGAAGGAGACGCACAGGUUCAGGUGAUGCUGGUCCACCCCAGUGAGGCUAUCCCAGUGGUAAACAGGCUGAACAAUGAACAGCCUGACAGGAUUAUCUUCAAGAGUGUCUUCCGCUCAGGCAGACUCUCUGAAACUACCAUCUGUAACGUCUGCCUACGUCCAACACAGCAGCCGCUGUGCAACUACACUGACCCCCGUACAGGCGAACCUUGGUUCUGUUACAAGCCAAAGAAACUGAGCUGUGGUGCCAGGGUCAGCCACAUAAGGGGAGACAUAAAAAAAAAUCUUGAAAACAAGCUUUUAAAAAGUGGUGUCAACAUGAAAGUCUACAUUCCUGCUUCAGGACCUGCCAGUGUCCUUGUGUUGCCAAAAAAUGAAGGUCAACCAGAGGAGAAGAGCAGCAUUGUGACAUCUGGACCCUCUGGUUAUUACUACCAGGGUGCGUGGCGAGCACUAGAUGGCACCACAGUUCACCAAUUCAACACCGCCUCUGCCAUCACUCAGUGUCUAAAAGGCAAAGUGGUCCUCAUGUAUGGAGACUCCACCAUCAGGCAAUGGUUUACACACCUCAUCGCAGCACUACCAGGUCUUAAGGGGUUUGAUCUGCACACCCACAAGCAAGCUGGACCUUUAAUGGCCUUAGACUAUGCAAACAACAUCUUGAUGAUGUUUCGCUGUCAUGGUCCUCCUAUUCGCUUUGGCCCAGUUCCAACCACUGAACUUCGUUAUAUUGCCAAUGAACUGGAUGAUGUAACUGGAGGCAUCAACACUGUUGUCGUUCUUGGCCUCUGGGCUCACUUCAGCACUUUCCCCGUGGAGAUCUACAUCCGGCGACUUCAGAACAUCCGCAGGGCGGUAGUGCGGCUGCUGGACAGGUCUCCAGGUACGCUGGUCGUCAUCCGGACGGCGAACCCCAAAAAACUUUAUGAAACAGUAACCAUCAGUGACUGGUGCGCAUUGCAGCGUGAUAAGGUGCUGAGAGCUAUGUUCAAAGGGCUGAAUGUUCAUCUGAUCGAUGCCUGGGAGAUGGCCCUAGCUCACAACCUCCCUCAUGACCUCCACCCACAACCUCCUAUUAUUAAGAAUAUGAUUGACAUUCUCUUGUCCUACAUAUGCCCUCAAAAGGGCAGCUAG